GCGGCCGCCCACCGUGCAGCUAGGCUCUGCACGGGCCAUGGUUAACCUUGACUUGUCCGACGACUUUCUGAGCCAGUGUGGGGGAUUUGGUGGCACGGCGUCCGUGCCCGUCCUCGCUGGCGACGCCGACGUCGACAACUGCUUCUACAAUUUCUCGAAUGUCCAACUCGCCUCUUGGUUCUGCAUGGAGGCGGGCUACAUCGCGGACGACGCUCAUGAGUUUGGAAUUCCUCAAAUUGGGGAUGAUGAUCUCAGGCGUUACGACGCCCUGAGGCCUGGCGAGCAGCUGUUCAUCUGCUUCGAGGGCCUACGCAUGGGAUGGUCAUGGUCGCUCUACUUGUGCCAGACGUUGUUUGAUAAUCUUGUCGACUCUCAUCGGAGCGUCGAGCGUUUCUGCAGCCUGCUGCAGAGUCAGAGCAUCGGGACCCACGGCAGGCACAGUGCGGUGACCUACCUGGAGACCCUGGGCCUCGAGUUCCAUUCUCGUUUCAAGGUGCUGCGUCGCACACAGCGCCGAACGUGGAUAUUUGCCAUUGCUACCAGUGCCUUCCUGCGUCGUGCGUUCAUCAGGGGUCAGGAGAUGGAGGUGUGGCUGGGCAACGCGGUCUGCAUUUUCGCGCUGGCGCCCAAGCUGCUCUCCGUCCUGCAGGACUCCGACACCUUCGUCGCGGAGGCGCGAGGCCGACGGCUGGCUAUCCCAUCCAGUGCGAGGCUGGAGAUGGAGCUUGCUCGGAGGCUGGCGUUCGUCAUCAAGGCGGAGAUCGGAGCUCCGAUCUGGCGUGAGGUGCACAUGGACGACUCCUCGACCUUCGGCUACGCUCUUCUGUCUAUGCCGCGCCAGGUCCAGGAGUUCCACGACGCGGUCAAGUAUCGGGGGCGCUGGAGGUUCAGGAAGGUCCAGAGCCUGCAGCCCGUCAGGUUGGACGCGCCCGGCGUGGUCGACCAGAUGGGCGGCCCCUCGAGCCUCGUGAACCCCAGCGACGACGUGCUCUGCGAAUCCACGGUGCCUGGUCGCGCCGCUGGCCUCAUCUCAGGGGCCAAGACCAGCUACGGGCAGCGCCUCCAGCAACAGGCCGAGUCGGCUCGGCAGCAGUGGCGGCCUUCUCGCAAUACUGCGAGGUUGCAGGCGCCGCCCGAGGUGGAGGUCCAGCUCGGCGAGGGCAUCCCGCCCCUGGCCGACGCGCGGCCCAGGCGAGAUCGAUGGAUUACGCUCUAUGAGCGGGAGUGGCAGUGGCCAGAGGAGCACAUCAACCCGAAGGAGGGUCGUGUCACCCCCCAGUCCCUCCGGCACUUCGGGAGGGGCGCCCGUGGCGAGAGAUCAUUGUCCAGAGAGCUCCGCUUCUCCUCGAUGCCCGCCUUCCUCCUCAUCAACCGCGCCUUCGGCGACGACGCGGCCUACGCGCUGCUGUUCGCCGCCCCCCUGGGCUCCUACAAGUUCCUCAGGAGGUGGACCCAGUGGACGUGGUAG